GAAUGGGUAGUUGACCCAUCUGAAGAGUUCUACUACACUUGGUUGCAAAUUAUGAUUCUUCCUAUCUGCUACAACUGGGUCAUCAUAAUAUGCAGGACUUGUUUCUAUGACAUUGAGAGGACAUAUUUGGCAGUAUGGCUAACCUUGGACUAUUUCUGUGACUUUGUCUAUGUAUUUGACACAGUUAUUGGGUUUCGCACAGGUUUUCUUGAGCAGGGCAUCCUGGUGAAAGACUUGUCGCGUUUGAAGAUGCGAUACCUGCGCUCUUCUCGCUUCAAGUGGGACAUCGCCUCCUUGUUGCCCACCGAUUUGCUGUACCUGCGGCUGGGUAUUCACACGCCUUUUGUCCGGAUCAAUCGCUUUCUACGCACAGGCCGUUUAAACGAGGCACUGGACCGCAUGGAAACACGCACAUCCUACCCUAAUACUUUCCGUGUCGCCAAACUGAUGUUGUAUAUUUUCGUGCUCAUCCACUGGAACGCAUGCGUCUACUUCUCUCUCUCCAAUUAUAUAGGGUUCGGAGCGGAUCCCUGGGUCUAUCCCAACAUGUCCGACCCCGACUUCGCUUCCACAAGACGCCAGUAUUUUUAUUGCUUCUGGUUUUCGACUCUCAUUCUCACCACGGUUGGAGACACACCGCCCCCGGAGCGCGAGGAAGAGUAUCUGUUCCUGAUCGCAGACAUGUUGAUCGCAGUGCUGGUGUUUGCAUCAGUCGUGGGGAGCAUGGGGGACGUGAUAUCAAGCCUGCGUGAUCGUGACAACGCGUUCUUUCCAAAUCACGAGCUGGUGAAAGGUUACCUGCGCAGCCGUCGCAUUAGCAAAGAACUGCAGAAGCGUGUCAGUGACUGGUAUCAACAUCUGCACAUUAACAAAAAGAUUACACGGGAGAAUGAGAUUCUUCAGCACCUCCCGAUCACACUUCAGACAGCGACUGCCGUGAGCGUCCAUUUGCCUAUUCUGUCCAAAGUCACCAUCUUUCAGAACUGUGAGAACAGCCUGUUGGAACAGCUGGUGCUCAAACUCAGGCCACAGGUGUAUAGCCCAGGAGAGUAUGUGUGCAGGAAGGGUGAUGUGGGUCAUGAGAUGUACAUUAUUAAUGAGGGCAAGCUUGCAGUGGUGGCAGACGAUGGAAUCACUCAGUUUGCUGUCCUGGGGGAUGGAAACUUCUUUGGAGAAAUCAGUAUCCUGAAUAUCAAAGGUAACAAAUCAGGCAACAGACGCACAGCCAACAUUCGCAGCAUUGGUCACUCAGAUCUGUUCAGCCUGUCCAAAGAGGACCUGACUGAAACACUUCUGGAGUACCCUGCUGCCAAGCGCCUGCUGGAAGAGAAGGGUCGCCAAAUCCUAACGAAGAUGGGCAUGCUGGAAGAGACGGAAGAGGAAGAGGUAGAGCAGGAGAAAACAGAAGACAAAGUGAAACGGUUAGAAGGCAGCCUGGAGACCCUGCAGACCAAACUGGCUCGCCUGAUUGCUGAACUGGAGUCCAGCGCCUGUAAAAUGAUGCAUCGAGUGGACCAACUGGAGGUGCAGACGGAAGGAUGGGAAGGCAUUGUGGCGGAAGGGGCACAGGGAGAUAUUGAAUACCAGCUGAAGGUGAAGGAAAGGGAAAUUGGGGAUGGGGAUGGGGAAGGAGAAGGAGAAGGAGAAAAGGAAGACGAAGAAGAACCACUGGUGGAAGGGGAGAGAGGAGAGUGUGAUGGAGGAGAGGAGAGCCUUGGAGAAAAGGUGAAGAAAGUAGGAACAGAUAAAUGACAGGGAAAAAGAAGACAAGAAAGGAGUAAUAAAGA